AGAGCAGUUUUUACUUUUUUGUUGUCGGAUUCUGAUCUUUGCUCAUUCUUUUUUGUCAUUUUUUCUUUUGGUAUUUGGUUUUCUUAUUUUUUACCAAAAAACAUAUUUCUGGGGUUUUAUUCAUUUUAGGUUUCAAACAAAAAAACAAAUUUGAGGAAUGGUCACGGAAAAACCGUACAAUAGUUGCUCGGGUAUUUCCGGCUGGACAUACGUAGCGAACAAAGCGACCAAAAGACAGACCGACAUUGCCAUCCAGGGAGACGGCCCACUAUCCGUGGCAACAAAGGUGAGACAUUCAGGUACAUGAGGAGCUGCUGUGCUGUGUUUCUGGCAUCUGAAGUUCAUUCAUUACUUCCUUAAUAUGAUGUAAUUUGUUCCUGUUGGAACAGGUUCAGGGAGGAGUCCAUCCUCAGUGUAAAGCAAUGGGCUGUCAGCUUUGGAGAGAGAGGCAGUUUGAUUUGACAGGACGGGCGGAGCGAUGGGACUGGUAAAUAAAUUCUAAUGAUUUCGUUGGUUGGACUUUUUGAUGUCACCUACUAUUAAGAUGACAUCACCAGUGAACCUGUUUUUUCAGGAAGCUCACGCAACCAUGACAUGUGACAGUCUUAGCACAAACACAGCAAGAGACAAGACAGACAUGGAGCAGGGAGGAGUUGCAGAAGCAGCACCACAGGACAAGAUGCAGGCCUUGAGGGACCAGGUAGACGAAGUCAAAGAGGAGAUGAAGAUAAACGUGGAACGAGUCGUAGAACGAGGAGAAAAGGGGCUCGACAUUCUCGAUACGGCAGAGAAAAUGAAAAAAGAGGCUGAGGACUUUAAAAAAACAUCCCGGAAAGUUGCUCGCGCCUACUGGUGGAAGAACGCAAAGCUGGUCGUGUUCAUCGUGGUGGUCGUCCUCAUCGUCGUCCUCAUCAUCAUCCUGCUGGCCACCGGAGUCAUCCCCGUCAGUGCCUCUAGGCCUCCUGCAGUCACUACCACCAUCAAGCCAUAAACACACAUUAUGUACAUACAGACAGAAUUAAAUCAUAAACAAAGUUUCCUAUUGCAAAGUAUACAAAGUAUUACUCAAACAUCUCAGUGGCCCUAAAACAUUUGUACAUUUGUACAUAAAAAAAAGACAGCAGCUGUUGCGUAGGCUUUUGCACAGUUAACCAUUGUGCCUCACUUUAAGUUCUAAUGUCCUCAAAGGACAAACAUGAAAAGAAAACUGCCAUAAAAAUGUUACAUGUCAAUAAUAUUUUCCUCCUCACUAAGUUAAAUCUUUUAACCAAUAUAUUCAUAAAUACCAAAUAUUCAUUUUCACAGUUUUAAUUCUUUAAAUGCCAGUGU